AUGCGGCGCGGCCUGCUCGCUCGCGGAAGUGGUCGGGUCUCCCGGCCGGCGCGGGGUCUCCGGGCGCCCCGCAGGGCGGGCAGCCGGGCGCCGGGAUGGUGCAUCUGUACAACCUGCAUCCGUUUGGGUCGCAGCAGGUGGUUCCCUGCAAAUUGGAGCCGGAGCAGUUCUGUGGCGGGGGGCGCGACGCGCUGUUCGUGGCGGCCGGCUGCAAGGUGGAGGCGUUCGCUGUGACUGGCCAGGAGCUGUGCCAGCCGAGGUGCGCCUUCUCCACGCUGGGCAGGGUGCUGCGUAUGGCCUACAGCCAGGCGGGGGACUAUUUGGUAGCAAUUGAAGAGAAAAACAAGGCUACGUUCCUUCGUGCUUAUGUGAACUGGAGAAGUAAAGGGGCAGAGAACUCUCGCGUGUGUAUCCGAAUGGUUGGGCAUAAUGUGGAGACACCCUUCAGGGAAUCCUUCAGAGACCAGAUGUCUAUUGUUGAAAUGCCGCUUUCUGAGGCCCCCUUGUGCAUUUCCUGUUGCCCUGUUAAAGGAGAUCUCCUUGUUGGCUGCACAAAUAAAUUAGUCUUAUUUAGUUUGACGUACCAGGUCAUUAAUGAAGAAUUCUCAGUAUUGGACUUUGAACGUUCUUUAAUUAUCCACUUAGAUAAUAUCACUCCUGUUGAAAUUUCUUUUUGUGUUGGAUAUAUUGCUGUCAUGUCAGAUUUGGAAGUCUUAAUUCUAAAACUGGAAUCGGACUCUAAAAAUGGAGAGAGAGUCAAGCACCAUCCAUGUGAGACCAACAAUCCAGUAAAACAGACAAAUACAGAUUUCAGUAAUGAAAUGUCACAGAUUGAGUCAGAUGAUUUUGUUAUCUGCCAAAAGCCCAUGGAGCUUAUUGGUGAAAAAAGUGAACAGUCUGGAGUAUCUGUUACACUGGAAUCUACAGGAUUAGCUGACGAAAAAAUAAAAUACUUCCACGUCCAGCACCUACUGUAUAGGCGUUUUACUCCCGAUAUUUCCUUCUAUGUCUUAUCUGAUGACAUCAGGUUGCAUUCCCUUCAGCUGCUACCCAUCUACCAGACGGAUGCAGGUUCUCUUACUUCUGAUGGAAAAAAUUCAUCUCAUGGAAAAGAGCUACUAAGCGUUUUUUGUUUUUUCUCGUUACCUCACGUGGGCUAUCUCUACAUGAUUGUCAAGUCUGUUGAGUUAAUGUCGGUCUACCAGUACCCUGAGAAGUCUCAGCAGGCAGUGCUCACACCACAGUUUUUGCACGUCAUCACCAGAAACAACCUGCAGUGUUUCACGGUGCGGUGUAGUGCGGCGGCAGCUCGUGAGGACCCCUACAUGGACACUAACCUAAAGGCCUGUCCACCUGUCAGUAUGGAUAUCUGUGCUUUAAGAAUACAGCUUUUUAUAGGCUUGAAAGCCAUCUGUCAUUUUAAAAAUCAUGUGGUACUUUUGACCAAGGCAGACCCGGAAGCCACUCCAGAGAGAAGAGAAUCACCCAGGAGGUUUCUGUAGACUAUAGUAACACCUACAGGACUGUGAAAACCCAGAGCUGCAUCCACCUUCUCAGCGAGGCCCAUCUAUUAGUGAGAGC